AUGGACGAAGCGGAGGGCGCGGACGGGUUUCGGGAGAGGGGCACGCUACUCGUGCUCGUGGAGAGGGUACCGAGUAUUCCGAAUGUGCUGCGGCUGUCGAAUGCGUGCGCAAGCCAGGAGGGGAGGGACGUCCUGUUGGUCGAGGGAAGGCAGGCGAAGAGACAGCUGUUGACGAGGUUGCUGAGAUUGCUGGAGGCGGGGGAGGCAGAGAAGAGGCUGGCGGGGGCGAGCUGGGUGCGGAACUGCGCGAUGGCGGACGAGUGCCAUGAUGUGUUAGUGGGGGUACAGCGGCGGUCGCAAUGUGCUUGGGCAGGUCAAAGUAGGUGGGACGGGAGGAGAUGGCGGAGAUUCGCGCCUGGUUGGUCGAGGAAGUGUUGUUGUUGUGUAAGAGCUGGGCGGGGAAGGACGCGCUCAGGGAUGGCGGGGCCGUCGACGUUCUGGAGGGAUGGAAGGGGGAAGAGCAUCAGGGAUGACGGGGCCGUCGACGUUCUGGAGGGAUGGAAGGGGGAAGAGCAUCAGGGAUGA